ACUCCAGAUGUGAUUAUAAUGCCAAAAGCAUUUAAAAGUAAAUGGGUCCGGUAAUUGGAAUGACUCCAGAUAAAAGAGCUGAAACCCCAGGAGCUGAAAAGGUUGCAGGAUUAAGCCAGAUUUACAAAAUGGGAAGCUUGCCAGAAGCUGUUGAUGCUGCCAGGCCAAAGGCCACUCUAGUGGACAGUGAGUCAGCCGAUGAUGAACUCACAAACUUGAACUGGCUUCAUGAAAGUACUAAUCUUCUUACCAACUUCAGCAUUGGAAGCGAGGGUCUUCCGAUUGUUAGUCCGCUGUAUGAUAUAGAGGGGGAUGAAGUGUCCCCAUUUGGACCAUCUUGCUACCAGGACCCAGAGAAGAAAUCUGCAACUUCAAAGCCUCCUUACUCCUUUAGUCUUCUCAUUUAUAUGGCUAUUGAACACUCUCCAAACAAAUGUUUGCCUGUCAAAGAAAUUUAUAGCUGGAUUCUGGACCGCUUCCCAUAUUUUGCUACUGCGCCAACAGGCUGGAAGAAUUCUGUUCGUCAUAAUCUGUCCCUGAAUAAAUGUUUUCAGAAAGUGGAAAGAAGCCAUGGCAAGGUUUAUGUCGACCUUGUACCUAAUGGCUCUUUAUCACCUCACUACUUAACUUCUGUACUAAAGCAGAAUCAAGUUCAAACUCCGAAAGAAUCUGAUAUUGAUGCUGCCACUGCAAUGAUGCUUUUAAAUACUUCUAUAGAACAAGGGAUUUUAGAAUGUGAGAAACCUCUUCCUCUUAAAGCAGCCUUGCAAAAAAAGAGGAGCUUUAGCGGUGCAUUUAACCACUCAGGGGCUGUGCGUUUACAGGAGAGUGAUUCUUUGGCCACCAGCAUUGAUCCCAAGGAAGACCACAAUUACAGCGCAAGCAGCAUGGCAGCACAGCGAUGCGCAUCCAGGUCUAGUGUGUCUUCCCUGUCUUCUAUGGAUGAGGUCUAUGAAUUUAUCCCAAAGAGCAGCCAUGUGGGAAGUGAUGGCAGUGAAGGAUUUCACAGUGAAGAGGAUACAGACGUUGAUUACGAAGAUGAUCCUCUGGGCGACAGUGGCUAUGCAUCACAGGCAUGUGCAGAUACCUCGGGAAAACGGCAGCCAGGCAAAAAGAGGCGAAAGCAGGCAUGUCAAGAAAUUGAUGAGGAGCUCAAAGAGGCAGCCGGCUCGCUGCUCCACCUUGCUGGAAUCCGUACAUGUCUGGGCUCCCUCAUAAGUGCUGCUAAGACACAAAAUCAAAAGCAGCGGAAAAAAUAGAAUUUCUUAUUAGUAUGAAAUUAUUUUAAAGUGUGGCAAUACUCUCCUACACUCUUCUUUACAAGGGAUAUCAAAGCCAUAAUGGACUUCUUUAGUUUGGGGCUGGGGAGGGACUGCUAAUUAUUCCUUUCAAAACAUUGAAGGUUUUUGGUUUUUAGAUUAAACAAUUGCUGUUAGGAUCAUGCCCAAUCAUAAAUAUAUGGUGUAAAGUCCUAAAAGGUUAAUUCUUGUGAUAAAUGUUUCAAAAGAUAUGCAAAUUUUUUAUAAUGAAAUGCCCAGCAUCUAUCUUUAAAUUAUAUUGGUGGGGGCCAUCUUUCCUUUGCUUAAUAUUUCAAACGUAAGAAUUUGCAACUCUAUUAUACAGUUUUUUUUGUUUCAUUUUCUUUUUCAGUCUGUAAUUAACUUUAAUUACUGCUCCUGCUAAAAAAAAUUGUUGAUGUCUGUCUCAUAUCUUCCUCCCCUGACACACACAAUGCAGUUGGACAAAAUUUGGGUGAUUUAUUUUGUCUUUGGUUUUAGGGGUUUUUUUUGUUUGUUUUCAUUUUGAGGCAUAAACAAGGCGAAUAUAAAUUGAAAAGAUCCUAGAUGUCACUAAAAUUCCUUUCCUUUACAUAGGUAGAGAACACAACGACGAAAAGUUCUUUAGAAAAUGUAAUUUUAUGGAAUAAUUUUCAUCUGAGGACACUCCAAUUGUUAUUACAAUAUUCUGGGGAAAGUUUUACGUCUCACAUACUAACAGCAUAUUAAUUGAGCCCAUUUGCUCUUUCCCAAAGUACAUUAUAAGUAUGGUUUAAGUUUUAAUCACUAGCUGUCUGCUGAUUAGAAACUAUCCAAUGAGAAUAUACAGCCAUAAAGUGUGCUAUGGAAUAACACCUAUCUUGACACACUCUGGCAUAAGAAUUUUUCAUUUGGUUGUUAAAAGUUUUGAAUUGAACAAGCCACAUGGUGCUGCACUGGGAAAAAAAAAAGUUUUGAAUUCUGAGACUUGUAAUGGGAAUGGCGUAUAAUCUAAAACAGUGAUUCUCAACCUUCCUAAUGCCGCGGCCCUUUAAUACAGCAUAAUCCUCAUGUUAUGCUGACCCCACCCCCGC